AACAAUGUAGGAAGACUGCGUCCCCUGGUUAUGAGUCGCGAUGAGUAGAUCCCCAGGAUCGCUUCUGGUCAGGCAGGAGGAAAGGAAAGGGACUGGACAGGAUGAUGGACUGAGGGGGAAGGGAAAGAGGAGAAUAACGGUGUGGUGUUAGUGCGCGGCGGUCAAACAGCUCAGCGCGUUCACAGAAACAAACCGAAUUAACGCGCUUCAUCGACUCAUAAGGCAGUAUUAAAGGGACAAACACACUCCUGGAGGUGUCUGCUCUGGGGAUUCAGGGACGUUGAGAAUGAUUUGCUGAUCCAGUUGCUGUUGGCUUCCAAUCACUUCCACUCCAAGACUGUCCUUCAUAGACUUCAGACUUGCUCAGUUUGUGAAUCAGAGUCCCUCACAGACACACACACACACACACACACACACAAACAUUCAGGCUUGUCAUAAACACACACCAUUCAUAUACACGCCGUCAUGGCCAACAUAUAUCCGUACGGCUGCUUCACUCAUGCUGUGGUCAGAGGUAUCCCAGAAUCCUUUGGGAAGUUGGCGGAGGGUGGAGAAGGGCUUCAGACGGACCUGGCCAAGGCUCAGCGUCAGAUGGGGGUGCUGACAGGUGCGCUGAGGCAGAAGGUGGGGCUGCAGCUGAUAGAGAUCCCAGCCGCCUCGGAGCUGCCCGAGAGCUGGCGGAUCGAAGACGUGGCUGUGAUCCAGGGCGACACGGCGCUCGUCACACGACCCCUCAAACAGCAGAGGCGCGCUGAGGCGGAGGCCGUGAGGCGCGUCCUGAGCGAGCUGAAGCUGACGGUGCUGGAGAUGGGCGACGAGGAGGGCGGCUCUGCUGGAGCCACUCUGGAGGGAAGCGACGUCCUCUUCACUGGAAAAGAGUUCUUUGUGGGCAUUUCGAAACACACCAAUCACCGUGGGGCAGAGGUUUUGGCCGACACCUUCAAGGACUUUGCGGUGUCCACUGUGCCUGUGUGUGGAGGCUCUCGUCUGAAGAACAUCUGCUCCAUGGCCGGCCCCGAUACCAUCAUCAUCAGCAGCAGCGACGGGGCCAAGAAAACACUCCGAGUGAUGGAGCAGCUGACUGACCAUCACUAUGAGAUCUUGUCUGUACCCGAGGACGUCGCUGCUAACUGCAUUUAUGUCAGAGGUCCUGCUAAAGUGGACUUCCUCCUGCACCCCACAGCCGAGGAGUGUCCCAACAGUGUUCCUGCUUUCCAGCGUUUGACAGACUACACCCUGCUGCCCACCGCCUGCAGCGAAGCCUCCAAACUCGGGGCGGCGCUGUCCUCCCUUUGCCUGCUUAUCAACAAGAAACCCAACUAUUGAGACACUCGAGUACAAUCACUGCAUAAUCACAUUUACUUUCUUUACAUCUUACCUUUUCGUAUGCGUUCACUUCAGCCUGAGGUUUUAGGGGCUGCCACUAUCCAUGUUUCUCUAAUGCUUUCGUUUCUUAGCUCUCUUAUAUGCAGGUUUGUUUAGAUUUGUAGAAUGGACACACAUUAUGAGAGUAUUAUAAUAAAUGGCCUUGAAAUAAACGACAGAUGAACCGUUCGCUCACAGUGAGAUGAGAGGUUAAAGUGAUGGCUCACCCCAAGAAUAAAUUCUGUUAUUUACUCCUUUUCCAGUUCAGGGGUUUUUAAUUCUGGACCUCAAGCUUCAACCGUGACCAAACACACUGGCCUUUUUAUCAGCCCUGAACACCGAGAUCAGCUUGUUCAUGUGCGCUCGAUCAGGACUGUGGACCUCGAGGUCCAGAGCUUACAAGACGUGUAGUUUCAUGGCUUCGGUCGGUAUAUUCUGCUAUUAAAGGUAGUCAGGUACAAUAAUUUAAUUGCUUUUCUGCCCAAUUAAGAUGUGCAUGUUAGUGGACAAAUCAGAUUAUACAGAUAGCUGUACUGUGGCAGAGUUAACGUCAAGCACAGAACCAGGCUCUUGUUCAUUGAGGUGUCCGGGAAGGGAUGGGUUUGGUUGAUUUUUACUGUGCUGAUCUAACCCAAACCAAAACCCACAUAUGAACCUGUCAGAACAGCAUAGCAUGUAGAGGCCACCACAUACGUUAACUUGUGGGAAUGUGGAGUAUGUUGUGGCUGUGAUAUACGAGGCCACAAAUGGCUUUUUCAAGGUAGCAGCAUCGUUACUAUAUGUUGUGAUGUCAGUGUAAUGUGCUUUUCCGUUGUUCCAUUAAUGCAAAAAGUACUUUAGUAGGUUUUUUUCCCCUCAAUUGUAUUGACACUAUUGAAAAAUGAUUGUUUGCUCUCCCAGUGGUUUAUAUCAUGAGCAGUUAUGAUUCAUUUACAGCAAAGGAAAAGGAAACACGAAUGCCUUCAUCUCCAAAAAGGCUCAGUUGUAAGAUAUUUUUGAUAUGUAUUAAACCAAUAAAAGUUAUAAUUUCAAUCAUCUUGUAU